GCUACGUCAGCAGUGGCAGAGAAACAUGGCGGUGUCCGUAGCGCGGCGCCCGGCGGCGGCAGCAAACGCUGCGGUGUUGCUGUUAAGUUUCCUCUCAACGUUAAUGUUUCGGGGCGGCGUGGCCGACGUGGCCGUGAACGGCUCGGGCUCCGAGCAGCCUCCGCACCGCCGGUUCGAGUACAAAUACAGCUUCAAGGGGCCGCACUUGGCUCAGACUGACGGCAGCAUCCCGUUCUGGAUCCACACUGGCAAUGCUAUUCCCAGUACAGAUCAGGUGCGCAUUACACCGUCCCUCAGGAGUCAGAGGGGGACUGUGUGGACGAAGAACAGAGUCGACUUUGAGCACUGGGAGGCGGAGGUGACCUUCAGGGUAUCUGGAAGAGGCAGAAUGGGAGCAGAUGGCUUGGCGGUAUGGUUCACCACCUCCCAAGGCCUCGACGGUCCCGUGUACGGUGCAGCGGAUCAGUGGAACGGGAUCGGAAUCUUCUUUGACUCCUUUGACAACGAUGGAAAGAAAAAUAACCCAGCUAUAAUUGUUGUGGGGAACAAUGGCAACCUUGUUUAUGACCACCAAAACGACGGCACCACACAAGCCCUCGGUACAUGUUUACGAGACUUCCGCAACAAACCCUAUCCCGUCAGGGCCAAAAUAACAUACUACAAAAAGACUAUGACGAUAAUGAUCAACAACGGUUUCACUCCGGACAAAGAGGACUAUGAAUUCUGCACAAAGGUGGACAACAUGGUCAUUCCUAGCGAAGGCUUCUUUGGCAUUUCCGCCGCCACCGGUGGUUUAGCUGAUGACCAUGAUGUUUUGUCCUUCUUGUUAUUCAGACUAACAGAACCUGGCCAGCAAACGCCCCCAGUUGAAUCUGAGAUUCCUAAAGAAGAGAAGGACAAGUACCAGGAGGAAUUUCAGAACUUCCAGCAAGAGCUCGAUAAAAAGAAAGAAGAGUAUCAGAAAGAGCACCCGAACGUCCAAGGAGAACCAAUUGAUGAUGUGUAUGAAAGCGUGAAUGACCGGGAGAUCCGUCAGGUGUUUGAAGGCCAGAACCGGAUCCACCUGGAGAUAAAACAGCUCCACCGGCAGCUGGCUAUGAUCCUGGACGAGCAGCGCCGAUAUGUCUCCGUCAUCACGGACGAGAUUUCUAAGAAGGGUGCAAAUACAGGAUCGGGACAGCUGGAGUCCUCUGGUCAGCAGCUGGGCUCCGUCGUAGCCACACAGCAGGAGGUUCUCAGAAACCUGAACGAGCUGAGAAACUCCUUUUACGAGUCACUGAAGCAGAUUGGCUCAGCCCAGCAUCAAGGUAAUGCAGGCGGGAUUGGAACGUAUGAAACUAUUCAGCACUUCAACGACAUCAAGGAACACCUGCACCUUGUGAAGAGGGACAUGGAGCACCUGGUCCAGCGCAAUGCUCAGAAUCCUGCUGAUAAGGUUGUGAAGUGCCCAGAGAUGCCCCCUAUGCCCUCCUGUUUAUCCACUAUUCAUUUUGCAAUAUUUGUCGUCAUCCAGUCCGUCCUGUUCUUCUGCUACGUCAUGUACAAAAGUCAACAAGAAGCAGCAGCAAAGAAGUUCUUUUGAUAACAUGAGUUUAUAAAGCAAAAGUGUGUACAUGAGGGUAUGUCAAUUUUCAUAAUUUUUUUUUUUUCAAUUAUUUUCUGAUUGUAAGUUAUUGUACUUGAAGCAAUGAUUAUGUUGAAGUUUGUUUUAAUUGAUAGAUUUUUAAUUUGAUCUGUAAAGUGUGUGUGAAUGCCAGUGCGAGACUUUUCUGGUUCUCCAACAUGGUGUAUCAAGUUCCUUUCAGUAUUUCUGGUUGGCAAGAACCUUCGAUUUUUAUUUUCAAAAGCUGCCAUGCUUCCAUUUCAGUGGAAUUGAACCAAUAAUAAAACCUGUGUUUUGAAAUGUGCAAUUUUGUAUAAACCCGGCCACGGUCAGCUUGAGCUUCUGUUUUGAUUGAAUCAGACGUGUCAGAAUCUGACACGUCCUCUGCCUGAACAAUUUACAUAAAUAGUUGACACAAGUUA